UAUAUAGGGGCGGGAAGGUGAUCGACAUUCCUCACUUCUCGCUGCUCAAUUCCAAUUUUCUUGGUCUAAAUCACUUCCUCUCUCAUUCAUUACAGUUUCCUCUUGUUUUCAAGGGGUAACAUUUUGAUUUUUUUUUGAAUUCUUUUUCCUCUGCUGAAUCUGAGCCAGAUAACUGCAAGAUAAUCCCCUGGUGAAAAUGUCGACGUACACGCCCAAGAAUAUCCUUGUUACAGGGGCUGCUGGAUUCAUUGCAUCACAUGUUGCGAAUAGGCUAGUUCGGAACUACCCUGAGUAUAAGAUCAUUGUUCUUGACAAACUUGAUUACUGCUCCAAUCUGAAAAACCUGAUGCCAUCCAACUCUUCUCCCAACUUCAAGUUUGUUAAGGGAGACAUCGGUAGUGCUGACCUCGUGAACUACCUUCUCAUCACUGAGAAUAUUGAUACCAUUAUGCACUUUGCUGCCCAGACUCAUGUUGAUAAUUCGUUCGGCAACAGCUUUGAGUUCACCAAGAACAACAUCUAUGGCACCCAUGUCCUGUUGGAGGCUUGCAAGGUGACUGGAAGUCAGAUCAGGAGGUUUAUCCAUGUCAGCACUGACGAGGUCUAUGGGGAGACGGAUGAGGAUGCCGUUGUUGGCAACCAUGAGGCGUCACAGCUGCUUCCCACGAAUCCUUACUCGGCCACGAAGGCAGGGGCGGAGAUGCUUGUCAUGGCCUAUGGUAGAUCUUAUGGAUUGCCUGUGAUCACGACCCGUGGGAACAAUGUUUAUGGCCCGAAUCAGUUCCCCGAGAAGUUGAUUCCCAAGUUUAUCCUCUUGGCCUUGAGAGGGCAGACGCUUCCUAUCCAUGGCGAUGGCUCUAAUGUGCGGAGUUAUCUUUACUGCGAGGAUGUUGCGGAGGCAUUUGAAGUGGUUCUCCACAAGGGAGAAGUCGGCCACGUGUACAACAUUGGGACGAAGAAGGAAAGAAGGGUCAUCGAUGUUGCUCAAGAUAUAUGCAAGCUGUUUAACAUGGAUGCUGAUAAGAGCAUUGAGUUUGUGGAGAAUAGGCCCUUCAAUGAUCAGAGGUAUUUCCUUGAUGAUGAGAAGCUGAAGAAUAUCGGUUGGGCCGAGAGGACCACUUGGGAAGACGGGUUGAGGAAGACGAUGGAGUGGUACAUUAGCAACCCCGACUGGUGGGGUGAUGUCUCUGGUGCUCUGAUACCUCACCCUAGAAUGUUGAUGAUGCCCGGUGGCGCAGAGAGAGUGUCUGAGCAGUCUGAAUCGGGAUUGUCUGGUAACGAUAACCAGUCUAAGUUGUUGGUCCCGGAUGCCAAAACCAGCGCCUCGCCUCAGAAACCAGCCUUCAAGUUCUUGAUCUACGGCAGGACAGGGUGGCUCGGGGGUUUGCUUGGGAAGCUGUGUGAGAAACAGGGGAUCCCUUACGAAUAUGGGAAGGGGCGUUUACAGGAUCGUGCUUCACUUAUGGCUGAUAUUGCUGCGGUUAAGCCUACUCAUGUGUUCAACGCUGCUGGUGUAACGGGGAGACCAAAUGUUGAUUGGUGUGAAUCUCACAAGACGGAGACAAUUCGUACCAAUGUCAUUGGUACAUUGACUCUUGCAGAUGUCUGCAGAGAGAAAGGUCUUCUAGUGAUGAACUAUGCAACUGGCUGUAUAUUCGAGUAUGAUGCUGCACACCCCGAAGGCUCUGGGAUCGGGUUUAAGGAAGAAGACACACCCAAUUUCGCUGGCUCGUACUAUUCCAAGACCAAAGCCAUGGUCGAGGAUCUCCUGAAAGAGUUCGAGAACGUGUGCACACUAAGAGUCCGGAUGCCAAUAUCCUCCGACCUAGAGAACCCACGCAAUUUCAUCACAAAGAUCUCUCGGUACAACAAGGUGGUGAACAUCCCCAACAGCAUGACAGUCUUGGAUGAGCUUCUCCCAAUCUCAAUCGAGAUGGCCAAGCGGAACCUCAGUGGCAUAUGGAACUUCACCAACCCUGGUGUCAUCAGCCACAACGAGAUCCUGGAGAUGUACAAGAAGUACAUCAACCCGGAGUUCACGUGGAGCAACUUCACGCUCGAGGAGCAAGCCAAGGUGAUCGUUGCUGCGAGGAGUAACAACGAGAUGGAUGCCUCCAAGCUGAAGAAGGAGUUCCCGGAGCUGCUAUCCAUCCAGGAGUCGUUGAUCAAGUACGUUUUCGAGCCCAAUAAGAAAACCUCUGCUGCUUGAGGGUUGUUCAAAUCUGUAUACCUGUGGCAUACACUGUAUUACAUAUUGUAUUAGUCAUUACUGCACCUUGUUGUUACUCUCUUUUAUUCCUAUAUGUUAGUUUUCUAGCUACUUGUUUUUGAAUUUUAGAGUGUACAACUCUGAGAUUGGUUAUUUACGGUUUGAUUUAUACAAUGUUUGAUUUAUUCUUCA